AUGAGUCAAAGCUCUUUGGAUGAGCUCAGUUGCAUUGAAGAAGAGGGAAGCCUUGAAGAUGAAAGCAGCGAACAUUCGGAGAACGAGGGAAUAGAGCUUGUGGAAGAAGGUUUCAAAAUGAACUUGCUCAAAACGGAAAAGCUAAAAAUGGACGGGCUAGAAAAUAGCACCAUUGAAUGUCAGGAAGAUGAAUCCGAAAAGGAUUAUUUUGAGGAAGAAGGCUUCGAUAAUGAACUAAUUGACAAUGAAAAAUUUGAUAAAGAACAAUUCGUCAAAACGACGCCCUCGGAAAAGCUAGUCAAAGAGCAUAAACCCAAAGAGCAAAGUAUUCAACAGAAACUCAAUCAGCAGACCCUCAGCGAUGUUAGAAGCAAUAACAAGGGAUUCGAAAAUGGGUUCCAUGAGCCGAAGCUUGUGAAGCAGACGUCCAAAUCAGAGAGGCUUGGGAAUAGACUUCAAAAUCAGGAGAUUAAAGAAGCGGGAAGAAACGGAGUAGAAGAAAAUGGACUGGAAUUUAGCGAAGAAGAGGACAGUGAUGUUGAGGAAAGCGAGUGGGAGACUGACGCGGAAAAUGAGAGGGAGGAAAAUGAACAAAUGAAGGAGCGUGGUGAUGGGGAAAAUGGUAGAGGAAGGGGGAAGGUUUAUUUCAAUGAUUCAAGGGAAUAUAAUGGGGACGAAGAUGAUAGUGAUGACGAGGGGGAGACCGAAAAACCAACAGAAGCAUGGAAAAAUGGAAGGAAUGAUAAAGAAAAAGACGGAGUGUCUUUUAAUGAUUCAAGAGAAUAUGGGGAUGAUUCGUUUGAAGAAGAGAGCGAAUUUUCAAGUGAUGAAGAAACGUCGGAUUCUUCAGUUGAACAACGACAGGUAGAGAGAUAACGAAUUUAAAUAAUAUUUAAACAAUAUUGAAUGCAUUAUUAAGACAUUAAACUAAACUCCGUUGUCAGCCGAUAACUUCAUGAAAUAAAGUAUAAAACACUCCAAAUAAUUGUUCAAUAUUUAGACCAAGAGCACACAAUACCCAACAAUGAUAUUUCGAAUUCAUUGCAAAUUCGUCAUCAGACCUAAUGAUGAUGAAUUUGCAAUGAAUUUGAUAUAUCACUGUUGAGUAUUGUGACAUUGUGUCCUCUUGCUUUUCUUAAAUAUCAAGUUUCAACAUGGAAUUUCUAUUUGAAGUUCGUUUCUUAUUUUAUUUCAUUAAACUAAUUGUAUUAAACUGGAUUAAUUCACCUUAAACCAAAUAAAAGCCAAGUGUAAUGACAGUAAAAGAUUUUUAGUUCUUUAAAUGACAUUAUAAAAUACUUAAAAAGUACAUGACUUAAAAGUUAAAUUAUUUAAAUGAAGCGCGGUGCAUGAUUCUAAAAGUGGAAAUCACCAAACGGUUUUUAUCCACUCUCAAUUCGAGAAACCAAAUCUUGAAAAUAAAUAGUCAAUUUUGUUCAUGUUAAAUUGGGUGGACUAAUUUUUUUCGUGUUCUUGUUCCAGGAUAGCACGGCGACGAUGAAUUCAGAAACGAUUGCCGACCUCGAGGCUCAGGUACACAUCUAAAAUUUACACCACACACAAAAAUUUGGCAGAAAAGGAUGUUGUGAUAUCGUUGUUAGAAUAUAUUGUCUUUCAGUCUGCUUGCGCUGACGUAAAAUGGGGUUAAAAAAUUGACAUUGAACUGCAGUGGCCUUCGGAUCUUUUAAACCAUUUGAAAACACAAGAUAUAGUACGUCAGUAAGUGGGGUAUGCUAAUCAACCUUACUUGCAGCUGAGAGCUAAGCUGAAUGGACCUAUUCCCAAAUGAACAAAAUUUUGAUCGAGACAAAUCUAGACAAAAAGUUCAUCACAGCUUGAAAGAGCAUCACAAAAUUAUUAAUAUUCCGAAGUUUCAUUGCGAAAUGUUGUAAAAUGCGGAUAAUAUAGCCCUGCGAAGUUUGCCGUUUUUCAGUCAUUUUGUAUUACGCGCGGGAAAUUGAUACCUUUUUUUAGAAAGCGGUAUCAAUUCCCCGUGCGUAAUACAAAAUGACUGAAAAACGGCAAACUUUGCAGGCUAUAUUAUCCGCAUUUUACAAUAUUUCACAACAAAAUUUCGGAAUAUUACUAACUUUGUGAUGCUCUUCCAAGCUGUGAUGAAAUUUUUGUCUAGACUUUUCCAGAUCAAAAUUUUGUUCAUUAGGGAAUAGGUCCAUUAUACGAAGGACGCAGCUCAACCUGAUCGAGUCGAAGGCUUUCUAAGGGCGUCUCUGGCAGCCACCUUAUAGCAAGCUUAAGCAUGUAGGACGGCAACACGAUGACGACGGCCAAAACAAAUUCCUUCAAAUAAAUGAUAGUAAAGAAAACUUGUCGUAUAUUAUAAUUCGUAUGAAUUUAAUACAGUAUAAGAAGUUGAAAACAUUGGCUUUAUGUUUGGGAAGAGUUCUACUGACCGAAUUUUAAGUUGCACUUGUUACGGCUUGAUAUGCAAGCGUUGUAUAAAAGACGUGAAAAUCUGUGAUUUGCCGUUGUAAACAGAACGACGACCACGUCUGAAACUCCCCUGGGACUUUAAUUAUUUAUUUCUUUUCAUUGACUCAUUGUAUUGGUUGCCGUCGCCGUCGUGUUGACGUCCUACAUACUUAAGCUCCCUUUUGACUCAUGUCUGAUCACGGAGUACAGCUAUGGGGGAAAGGUCAGUUUGAUGGCUAAUCCACCACACUAAUGUCAACUUUCACUGUGGCAGGAAACCAGAGCACCCGGAGAAAACCUACGACUUUCGGCAGAGCGUUGACCGACUCUUUUCACAUGAGUCCGUAGUGAGAAUCCAACCCACGAUCUCAGGCGAAACGCGCUCGCCAGGACGAUCCUAAUGCCCAGAUAUCUUCUUGGAAUAGACAGCACUGAAAUCCCAGAUUUUCUAGGGUUAAGGCAUGCAAAUGAAAUCAUUAUCAUUUCGUACAUUUGGCGCUCUGUGGAGUCCCCACUUCGAGGGUUCAAUCUCUCUCCUUCGCAGAACCUCCUUAGGUAUUUACAAAUAACUUGCAUGAAGUUUCCAGAAUAAAAGUGAGCGCGCGCGGUGUGAUGGGAAGAUUGAAAUGAAGUCGAGUAGCUCUUCCCAUCACUCCUUGCGCGCUCACUUUUCCUCACCAGAAACUUCAUGUAAGCCUCUGCGGAGGAGAGACAGGGUUCAAUCACGCGGCAUCCAAAUGUAGUCGACCAAUGAACUUCGACUUAUUUCUAAAUUUUUCAAGUUUAAGAAAAUUAAAGAAAGCAAAGACGAAGAAGGGGAAGAGAAAAGUUCCAAAAGUGAUGUCGAUGAUGAUGACGACGAUGAUGAGAUGGAUUCUGCUGAGUUGGCAGAAUUGGUUGCCAUGGCAUCCGAUCUGACUGACGUCACCGACUCGGAGUCGGAAACAGAAAAUCGGGGAGCACUAAAACGGAAGAGAUCUCGACUAUGA